GUCGGAGGUGUUAGUCAGGAGUGGACAGACGGGACGGACCAGUCAGGGACAUCCAUCCCCUGCGAUGCUGUCACGUCUGCUGCUGUCUGCCGGCUCUAUAAGACGCCCCGGUGUCUUAGAAGUCCACCAGUCAGAAUUCACCAAACUCUGCUUCUUCUUAACAGAAAGCAACAGUUUGCAGCCGAAAACAUGUCGGUUAAAACGACUGUCAACCAACCCCGUCCCUUCAUCAUGACCAGUGCCUCCAACGAGUGGACCUCCGGCAUCUGUGACUGCUUCCAGGACCUGCCGCAGUGUUGCCUGGCUUUUUGGUGCUUUCCGUGCUUCGCCUGUAAGACGUCACGCGAGGCCGGGGAGUGUUUGUGCUUACCUCUGCUGGACUCCUUUGGAAUCAUCCCUCCAAUGACCGUGGCGCUCAGGGCGUCGAUACGGCAGAGAUACGGCAUCGAGGGAACACUCUGCAAAGACUGCGUGUACGGCUUCUUCUGCGGACCGUGCAGUUGGUGUCAGAUAUCAAGAGAGAUGAAGGCGAGGACGACUCCCAUCACCUUCGUGGCAGCCUGACAGGAACAAAAAGGCCUAAACCCCAACGACUGUAUCAUCACAAUUAAUACACGCGUCAUCACCAUCAUUGCAGCUGCCAUGCUGUUUGGAACAGAACAGUGCCACUGAGACUGAUUCCUGAUCUGCUUCAGGCACGUCUGCCUCUGAGGAAUGUGACUGAGCGUCAGAUAAGCACAUGAGGGUCUCAAAUGUUGCAUAAUGACAGACGCCGCAGACUCCUGACUUCCAGUGAACUAUUAGCAGAUAUUAAUGAGAACUCAUCAGUGAGGCACAGUAAUUAUUCCUCUAUUUAUUUAUAUCCACCUCUGCAUUUUAACUGGAUAUUCCUUUCUUUUCCUCAAGCCUCUUAAAAUUUCCUGUGGAUUGCUUGGCCCGAAAGAUUUGGUGCUAUCUUUCAGACAUAUAUACACAUGGGUUUGAUUUCACUUUUUAUAUGGAUGGUAAAUAAAUUUACUAUAAGUUAUUCAUCAUUUUAUUGCUGCUUAAGUAUUUUGAGUUAGUUCCAUACAUACAUGGUUCCAAUGGUGUCAAAAUAAUGUGAGCAUUUGCAUGUUUAUUUUAAUUGAAUCUGGGACUAUUCUAUUCACCUUUGAAGUGUACUUCAAUUGUGUACUUCAAUAUAAUGAAAUUAGGAGCUUUGUGGAGUUCUCACCCUCUGACUGUUAUGUUAUGAUCGAUAUUCUCCCCCCUGUUGACUGGUGAAGGCCACUCCUUACAAAGUGCUAGAGGAGGCCCAGAAUGGUCCGAUGACAGGGAGAUCAACAUGUGAGCAUUAAAAACACAAAGACUUAAUCAUAA